CUGUACUGCAUGCCCGCUGCUAUUCUCAUGGGUCACAAGAAUCAGAUGAAGAAUUUGAUGCUCGCUGGGUGACAUAUUUCAACAAGCCAGAUAUUGAUGCCUGGGAGCUCAGGAAAGGCGUAAACACACUUGUGGGUUAUGACCUGGUUCCGGAACCAAAAAUCAUCGAUGCAGCUCUGAGGGCAUGCAGACGGUUAAAUGACUUUGCCAGCGCUGUCCGCAUCCUAGAAGUUGUAAAGGACAAGGCAGGACCUCACAAGGAAAUCUAUCCUUACGUUAUCCAGGAACUUAGACCAACUUUGAGUGAACUGGGAAUCUCCACUCCAGAGGAACUGGGCCUGGACAAAGUGUAAACCUUAUUGGUGCAUUACUCGAGCAUUUUCCUG